AUGAUUGGAAGCCUAGUCAUUUACAACCAAACGGAGCGCUCGUCCCUCAGAGGAUCAGUCACAAAUGUGCAGAAACUCAACAGGACAAAUUCCAGAACAAAGAACCUUAGUCCAGCCACUAUUAGUAUCCCUUGCGACGAUGACGGGACCGUCUCCAGUUGCAGCUUCAUCAUCCUUCCCCAGAGAGAGCUGCCACGGCCUCCUUCAGCCGAUCCUCUGUCCCCGGAGCAGACCUACUCCAACCUGACCUUCCUAAAGCAAUCCCAGGAAGCCUUGUAUGAAACGGUGGCAGUGAAGGGAGACAAAGAGGAAGAGCCCAACCACGUUGCAGAGGAGGCAGUUGCUGGAAAGAGCCCAGUGGACCACGAAACAGCAGAUGGGUACGCCAAGGUCCGGAAAGGGAAGAAAAAGAAGACAGUCGCCGAGCUGGAGAUGAGGACCAAACCGACUGUACAGGAGUCAGGCCCAACAGUGACGGCAUCGACCCCUACAACACUGAAGUUGGAGGAAAUGUAUGCAGUGGUGUGCAAGGACAACAAAAAGAAGAAGAAGGCCAAGGCCAAGAAUGGGGUCGUUGUUGGCACAAAUGGAGGACCCCAAGUGGAGAGGAGCCACAUGGAGCCUGUUCCUCAGGCAUCCGAAGGGAUGGAAGGGCACCAGUCCUCAUUGUUUCAGCCCCACUUGAUUGAACCCUGCUAUGCCUCCAUUAGCAGCGAAUCCAGGGCUGAUGUCGGCGAGAAGGAAAGCGAAGAACCCGCCUAUGAGACUGUGGAAACGCAUUGGAAAAGGCCACGGAAAAAGGGGAAGUCGAAGAGCAAAGCUGCCGCCGCCGCCACAGAAAACUUGUACGAAAGCAUCGAAAACUUGGCCUUUCAGAUCUAAAACUGAAGAAGAGCAUCUGACUUUGAAGUCUGGAAGAAUGUUUUCCACCAUCUCUUCAAUGGGAUAUUUCUUCA